GCCCGCAGCUGUCCCCGUCCUUCCAGGGCCAGAGCAGGCGAAAAGAGCGGCCGUUUCCUCCCAUUUUAUUUUUUUUGCAACUGGGGGCAACUGUUCACUCCCCAAACGGGGGAGGGUUGUAAGCUUUGUUUAAAUCGCUUUCCGUGCGAAGGGCCACAUCGAGUCAGACCUUCAAGUACUUUGUGCCAAAUCACUCCCACCUGCCACAUGAGUCUAAGUCAUGACCGACGCCAAGUAUGUCCUCUGCAGAUGGGAAAAGCGAUUAUGGCCUGCAAAGGUUUUGGCCAGAACGGAGGUGGCAACAAAAACUAAGAGGAAAAAGGAAUUUUUUCUAAGUGUUCAAAUACUCUCCCUAGAUGAAAAGAUUAAGGUGAGGAGCACGGAAGUGGAGGCCUUGAAGAUGGCUCACAUCGAACGAAUCGCUUCCACGUUGGAAUCUACCCUGGGACCGAUCCUGUUCCGGACUCCCUGCGCGGCCGUCUGCGAGCGUUGGGAUCUGCUGGUCGCAUCCGUGGCCUCCGGUGUACUUAAGAAUGAGACCCGGACCUCCCAGAACGAGGUUCCUGCUGAACCCCUAGAGGAGCUGGCCUACAGACGCUCGCUUCGAGUGGCCCUGGAUGUUUUGAACGAGAGCACAGGUCUGCCUCAAGAAAGCCCUUCUAGGGAAGAGAGAACCGCUCUGGGUUCACGAGAGAAGCCCGUGGAACUGGCCUCCUUGCUCCGUGACCCUGCCUCUUCCUGCGUCCAGGAGGCUGUGCCGGACAGAUCUGGACCCGAGAGGAGGGAACGUGUCCACCCGAGGCUGUCAGGUUCCCCCACUUGUCAAAAGGACCCCAGGUGCAAGGUGGACCACAAGAAGGAGCUCAGGAAAAGUGCGAGCCCACAGGCCUUGGUAGUCCCACCAGCCAGAGGUGGUUCUCAGGAUGGUCGUGGGUCGAGAACGUGCUGUGCGAGUCGGACAACCCCUCGUAAAAGGGGAAGAAGUGUAGCUCGGGAGCCCGCCGUGGGUCAGAGCGCACCUUCCGUCUCGGAGGGAGACGAUGAAGAAAGCCGCCUGCCAGCCCCCGGCUCACCUCCCACGGUGAAGGAGGAGGGUCUCUGGGCCAGAGGACGAGACCCCAGCUUACCUUUGCCUGGCCCCACCGGGCCCCCGGCCCCAGGGCGCCCAGCCUGCCCGGAUGCCCAAGGCCUCCCCGCCAAGCGGCCUCGCCCCGAUAGUGGCCAGAGGCCACCCGCGGCGCGGCUGGAGCCGGGGGCAGUGGCGUCCCCCAGGCAGGGGCCCGGGAAAUGCAGGGCUCUGCCCGGCGCUGCCAGACUCCACCUGCCUGCCCCCCGGGCGUCCACGGAGGAGACGGGAGAUCUUCGAGUCCUCGUGGAGGAAGCUAAAGCCCGUCCGACUUCGGGAGAGUCCGUGGAGCGUGCGCCCGUCCGUUCCGUUCUGGAGGAGGAGGAGGACGAAGAGGAGCCCCCCCGCAUCCUGUUGUACCACGAACCACGCUCCUUUGAAGUAGGAAUGCUGGUCUGGCUGAAACACCAGAAGUACCCCUUCUGGCCAGCAGUGGUCAAGAGCGUCCGGCGAAGGGAGAAGAAAGCCAGCGUGCUCUUCAUUGAGGGGCACAUGGACCCGAAAGGGAGAGGCAUCACCGUGUCUCUCCGGAGAUUGAAGCACUUUGACUGCAAAGAGAAACAGGAACUUCUGAACGAAGCCAAGGAGGACUUCGACCAGGCCAUCGGCUGGUGCGUCUCCCUGAUCACGGACUACAGGGUCCGGCUCGGCUGUGGCUCUUUUGCUGGCUCCUUCCUGGAAUAUUACGCGGCUGAUAUAAGUUACCCUGUCCGCAAGUCCAUCCAGCAGGACGUGUUGGGGACCAGGUUUCCCCAGCUGAGCAACGGGGACCCUGAGGAGCCUGUGGCGGGGAGCCCUCAGGGAAGGAGGCGGCCUCGCAGGAAGGUCCUCCCCGACCGCUCGCGGGCUGCCCGGGACCGGGCCAACCAGAAGCUGGUGGAGUACAUCGUGAAGGCCAGGGGCGCCGAGGGCCACCUGCGGGCCAUCUUGAGGAACAGGAAGCCGUCCCGGUGGCUGAAGACCUUCCUGAACUCGGGCCAGUACGUGACCUGCGUGGAGACGUACCUGGAGGACGAGGAGCAGCUGGACCUGGUGGUGAAAUACCUCCAGGGCGUCUACCAGGAGACGGGCAGCAGGGCGCUGGCGCGGAUCAACGCCGACAGGAUCCGCUUCAUCCUGGACGUUCUUCUGCCUGAAGCCAUCAUCUGUGCGAUCGCUGCGGUGGACGCCGUGGAUUACGAGACGGCCGAGGCGAAGUACCUCCGAGGACCUUCGCUCAGCUACCGGGAAAAAGAAAUGUUUGAUAACCAGCUCCUGGAAGAAAGGAGUCAGCGGUGCUGACGCUGGAGGGGCUGCUGCGCGGGUCCUGUGGCCAGUGGGUCCGUGCCAUCCUCACGGGGGCUGGAGUGUGCGUGCUUCUCAGCUGUGGCUUCUGUUUUCCUGGCUUUUUUUGGAAGGUACAGUUCCUGAAAGGUUUUUGAAGCAAAUGUUUUUAUUUUCCUUCAUACUAUUAUUUGUGACUGUGCUGUAUUGUUUAACAUAAGGUGCACAUUUGUUUUUUUAUGUUAAAAAGCAUUGUAUCCAGUAUUAAAGAGUUUUAAAACAGCCCGA